CCUACACUUUUCCUCCACUGACACAGGCGAACUUGAAUCUAAAUUUCGUAUUCUCUCUCCUCUACAUUUCGUAUACACCAUAUCAGUCAAAAACUCCAUACAUUUUUCGUCUCACUCACACAAGCCAAUUGAAUCUGAAAUUUCGUAUUCUCUCUCCUCUACCUCGUGCUCGAAUUGCAGAAGCUCGUUCCAGAUGGGCGUAUUUUCAUGCCAUUGUUCACUUGAUUAAAUCAUCAGAAUUAGGCCCUGGGCGACCGCCCCUUUUGCCCUCGCUCAGGGACGGGACUGGGUGCUAGCUGUAGCCGUGAGUACCCCGGAGCUCACAGAACACCAGCAUUAUCGGGGAUGGGGACCCGAGAAGUGUAUGAGGAGAAGCUUCGGACUGGAAAUCUCUAUCACCAUGAUCCAACCAUCAAUCCUGGCCUCGGCACCCCUCGCUGCCCGCGUUGCCUCUCCCUUCUUGACUCUAAUUCUAAGAACAGUGAAUGGACCAUUACUUCUGUGUUGCACGAUGCUACUGCUGUGGCUGGCACUGGAAUUGGAGCAAUGCUAAGUGCUACUCAUGGCUUUAAUACUGGGAUACCUUUUGUCCAGAAGCAUGUUAAAGGACCCAAGUGGCUUCCAUUUGUUGUUGGGAUUCCAGCCUUACUGAUGUCGUCAGCUGUAUGUGCUGCUUUUGGUGGCUAUGCUCUUCCUAAGUUCACCCAGCUUACAGUAACUUCAUAUUAUGCUGCGUCAAGCGCCUCACAUUAUGGGAUCUCUCUACUCACAAGACACAUUGAAGACACCCAUAUGUCAACUUCUCGGCAGGAGAAAAGCUGAUGAUGGUGCAUACAAACCAAUUGCAGGUGAUAAAAAUUGCUCCUUGGUUUGUAGCAGGCUAACAUCUAUCUAGAUACUUGACUGGAUAGUUCGUAACUUAACCCCCCCCCCCUCCCCUCUCCCCUUCUUUUCUUUUAAAUUACUUCAUACAUACAAGAUUUUAAUCUAUAUACUGUCAGGAAUAGUGAGAUAAGUGUAGUAUGUAUUCUAAAAGGAUUUAUUGGUGACUUGUAUGUAUAGUUGAAGUUAUAUAUACCAUACAUUAUAGAUAGACACAGUAGUGGAAAAUUUUGCACAAUUAACACUCAAUUUGCUGUCUGAUGCCUUUGCAGCCAUAAAAGUAAUUUUUUUUUCUCCU